AUGGCGCAGGAGGAGACCAAGGCGAUGGACGCGGCGGAGAUUGAGCGUGUUAUGACUCCUGACGAUGAUUUGAAAAAGGAUAAGCAGGACUAUGGCCGUAUCGACGCGGAAGUCGCCAAAUACACCGAAGGCCACGCCAUCACCAUCUCCGACGCCGAAAACAGCCGCCUCAAAAAACUCAUCGACAAGCGCGUCCUCACCAUCAUGGUCUUCACCUACUUCCUGCAAGCGCUCGACAAGGGCACCCUCUCCUUCACCUCCAUCAUGAACCUGCCUCAGGACCUCCACCUCGUCGGCCAGCAGUACUCCUGGCUCACGACGUGCAUCUACAUCGCCAUCUUGAUCGUCGAGUACCCGAUCAAUUGGCUGGUGCAGAGGCUGCCGAUUGCCAAGUUUUUGGGCGGGUGUAUUAUUAUUUGGGGCGGUAUCCUUGCGUUGCAUGCGGCGGCGAGUAAUUUUGCGGGGAUUUGUGCGUUGAGGACUUUGCUUGGUAUCUUUGAGGCGGUGUGCCAGCCGACGUUCCUGAUCAUGUCUUCGAUGUGGUACAAAAGAGAGGAGCAAGUCCUCAUCGUCUCCUUCUGGUACUGCAUGAACGGCGCCCAACAAAUCGUCGGCGGCCUCCUCGCCUACGCCUUCAGCCUGAUCCCGCGCAACGGCGUCCUGCACUCCUGGCAAGCAAUCUUCAUCGCCUACGGCUGCUUCAGCGUCCUCUGGGGCAUCUUCGUCAUCUGGUGGCUGCCCGACUCCCCCAUGCGCGCGAAGUGCUUCUCCGAGGACGACAAGCGCUUGAUGGUGGAGCGGGUCCGGACGAAUCAGACUGGACUGCAGAACAAACGCUUCAGGCCGGAGCAUUUGAAGGAGGCGCUGAUGGAUACGCAGUGUUGGUGUUAUUGUCUCAUUCAGAUUUGCACGACGCUGCCGACGGGUGGUCUGGGGGCUUUUGCCAAUAUCAUCAUUAAGGGGUUUGGGUUCACGACGCUUGAGGUGCAGCUUCUGGCUAUGGUGCUCGGAGCUUUCAUCAUUAUUGUCCUCUUCUCUUCGGCAUGGUUGGUCAAAAAGACGAAGCAGAACAUCAUCGUCAUGGCGGCGUUUUGCAUUCCCUCCUUCGCCGGCACCAUCGUCCUCAUGGCCGUCCCCAACACCAGCAAAGCCACCGAAGCCGGCCUCCUCUUCUCCUACUACAUCUGCCUCUCCUUCUGGGCCGCCCAAAACCUCGGCAUGUCGCUCCUGUCCCGCAACGUCGCAGGCCAGACGAAAAAAUCCGUCGCUGUCGCCAUGAACUUCAUCGCCUGGGCCGCGGGCAACGCCGUCGGGCCCCAGGUGUUCCUGAGCUACGACUCCCCGCGGUACUUUAUUGCGUUCGCGACGCAUUUGGGGUGUUAUACGUUGUUGAUUGUGAAUUUGGUCGUGUUGAGGACGACGUUGUCCAGGCGGAAUAAGAAGCGGGAUGAGGCUGCUGCCGCCGGCGUGCAGGAGGCGAGGGAUGAGCGGAUGGUGCAUGCUUUUGAGGAUUUGACGGAUAAGGAGAAUCCCAACUUCCGAUAUAUGUACUGA